AUGGCCAGUCAAACGACUGCCGAGAUUCAGAUGAAUCAUGACCGAUUAGACACGGACAAUCGAAUGGUUGAUGCAAACAUCGCCCUGAUCAAUGCCUUAAGUCAAGGCCUCGCGCCUACAGCCAAUUCGCCCGAGCAGAUCAGCCUUCAGAACCACCAAAUCCGGCUUGAUGUCCAGCUCCGAGAGGUGGAAGUCGCUCGCGCCCGAGCCGCUUUGGCUGCCGAGGAGGCUUCAGGUGCAGCGUUUGCUCGGGCGAGGAUGGUCCAGGACUUCAUUGGAUCAGGAUUAGCACCAGCCGAAGCCCUUGAGAUGACUAAUCAGAUACUCGGGCCGGUCUUGUUGGCCCCUCCACAGACUCCUGUUGACCCUUCUCAGACUCCUGUUGACCCUUCCCCGCCUUAUGAUGAAUAG